AUGUCUGACCAAGAGUAUACUAUUCCUCUCUGUGGAUACGCCUUCGUAGAGCGUUCAACUCAUGCUAUUUACGUAUUGUUAUGGUUUAUCUUUCAUGCCUUCAUGUGCGAUAAUUUGAGCGCUUUGAAGCCCAGUCGACUCUUUGCGCUUGAUCUCAAGUCAAUAAUGACAGCAUUAAUAAUUCUUUUAUUAUUAUCGAGUACAGUAUACAACACCUUUCUCACAAAAAUAGUAUACGAAGAAGGAUUCAUCGUCGCUGACAAGAUAAGGCUCAAGACGCCCGAUGAAUGGUCUACUGAACAUCAACGGUGGCUAGCUCCACUUGAUUAUAUUCUUAUGGUAAACUUUGGUAUACAAACCUGUGUAUUUUAUCUUCUCCAAUGCUUCUGGGAUUACACAUCACAAGCGAUUAGCCACGAACCCAUAAUAUCAUCAAUGGAAUAUCGAGGCUAUGUCGUCUGGUCAACAACUUCUGCUUUUGCUUUCGCCAUUAUCCGACUUGUCCUGCACAAUGACGAACAUCUUCGAGACGUAAUACCGUUAACAGUAUUUUCAAUACAAGUUCUUGGUGCCGCCAUUCUCCAAAUACAAAUCUACUACCGAUUCAAGAAACUUAUCAAAGUCUCAAACAGAAGCAAAAAUUCCACCUUUAUAAUAGCCAAAGCGCGAUACUUUGUAGAUUUGAUCAAGAUACUUAUUGCUUCGCUGCUCAUAAGUAGUAUCAGCAUGCUAGUGCUUUGUAUUGAUUCGCUUAUUAAAGAACCAAUAAUGAGGCAGAGCGACUUUGCAGUAGAAGUAUUGAUUGCCCACUAUAGUUUUGCUCAAUUGAUUUCAUGGAUUGUGUUGGUUUUGAUAGUUUAUCCAAGGAAGGGAUUCGUUGGCCCAGGAGGAAAUCCAGAGCACUUGAGUUCAGUCCAGACGGAUAGCUUCCAAGACGUUGGAAAAUUCAUGUCGGCGUCUGCAACGCAAGGGUCAGGGGCUGGAUUGCCUCGUCAAUCGUUGUCCAUCUCUCCUGAUGCUUACAAAGCACGCCAUUCCGUAUCCCCUGAUGGAUCAAGACAGCCGCAAACUCCUGCUAACGUCAUUCCUCUUUCCGGAAAUCCGCUUCGGCGUAAUAUCUCAGUAUCAAAAGAUGGAAGAACAGUGUACGCAGAGACCAAGACAUUGGGGAAAGUUAACGGCUCGGAAUUUGUCGCUGUCGAAAAGGCAGAUCCGAGUCUUCUUGCGAGUUAUUAUCUUACAAAUGAUGAUACGGGACAUGCAGAUAGAAUACAAGGAGAGUCAAUGCCCGUGAAUGGGUUAUCAAACGCAAAUACUACAGUGGCGCAGCAAACGAAAACUGUGCUAUCACAGCCAAUACAACCUUUUCACAAACUUCAAAUGCAAAUAAAUGCUCAGCAGGGACAACAACAUCCAACAACGGUGCAAGGAUCAAAGAGCAGCAUCGUCAAUAAUAGUUCCAAUAGUUCCACAAAUCCGCCCGAGCAACCGCCACCGAUAAUACCACCAGCCCAAUUUUUUCUUCGCUCUCUCCAGUUUCCCUCCCAAACAGCUUCUCCAAAGCGAACUUCUAUACAAUUGACGGCCGCGCGCAAUUCGGUACAAAUGAGCGAAUAUAGGCGGGGGUCAUCUGAUAGUACGACACCGUCUACAAGGACAAUGACAACAACUCGGACGGUAACGCCCGAUACACCGAGCGAAAGAUCACCGAUUAGAAUUUUUGCUAAUACGGUCACAACCACUACUGUCGUAAAUGCAAAUGAUGAAGAAGAGGAUGAUGGAAUAGGGAGACGAAAUUUAAUAAGAGACAUCGAUAACCUUGAAAAUGACUUUGAUACAGAUACAGAACGAUAUCCCACACCGGGUGGUGAACCGGAUGAAUACAGUAGUGGCGAGGAAAUAAUUAGUGAAGCUAAUAGCAGUGACACGGAAACUGGUGGAAGGAGUAUGAGGAAAAUUAAUCUCGAGUCUGCGCUUGCUGGAACUGGACUUGAUGUUAUUAGAGAUAAGGACAGUGCCAGAGAUAGUGUUGGACAAGUCAGUGAGACAGAGAGUGAAUUGUAUUGGCAUGCUAUGUGA